AUGAAAUUCGACACAUCAUGGGACGUUAAUAGUUAUAAAAAAGACUUUGAAACUUUGGAUCAAUGGCAAUUUAGGGAAGCAUUUUUGAUUGCCAAUAAACAUAAAUACCAUAGAGAUAAAGUAGUGGAUUUGUCUGAUGUUUUUAUGAAUAUUGAAUUUAAGAAUUGCAGGUAUGGAAAAACGACCAUGGAUCUUAUUGAAACUCUAUCUAAAAGUUUUGUUUCUCAUUUGAGAAAUUUACUCAAAUUACCGAAAAUCAGUGCAACCAAUUUCAAUGCUGCUAGAGCUAGAUCAAAAUCUAUCAAAAAAACACCAUGGGAUCAGAACUAUAUAAUACCAGGUUUUAUGUUGUUAGUCAAAAACCGUGUACGCCAACAUCAAUAUGAAAUUCUGAAACACUCAUGUAGUUUUAGCGGAGUAGCAAGACCAGAAAUAAAAAGGGAACAUAUAAGUGAAGAUCAUUAUCGAGCUAAAUUUUACAUCAAAGAUCAAUUGAUAGCAAUGGGAGAUGCAACUGAAAAGGAAAUUGCUACUGCGUAUGCAUGGAAUAAUUCCUUAAAGCUUUUGUUGCGAGUGUGCUUUAUUAUUAAGGUGAAAGAACAUAAACAAUCUCCAACUACAUGGUUAGAUGUUAUGGAUGAUUCAAGAAUUGAUACUUCUAACUACACCAUGCAUCAUAAUAAAAUGUCAGAAAUGAAUGUCGGUUAUUUGAUUUUGAAAAAAAUGGGUUGGAAAGAAGGUCAAGGAUUAGGAAAGAAUAACCAAGGAAUCACAUCACCAAUAGAAACUAUUCAUUUUAAAAAAAGAUUUGGACUGGAUAUGGAAGAUUAUGACACUAAUACUAAUACUAAUAGAAGACACUUGAUGGACUUUAAUAUACAAGCUAAGAAAUACAUAAUGAGGUUUUUCUAUGGUCCAAAAAAAAGACUUACAUUUUCAACUGAGUUCACGAAGGAUGAACGUAAAAUUAUCCACAGGAUUUGUACAGAGAUUGGCAUAUGGACCAAAAUUUAUGAAGAAAAGAGAAACAAGCGGAAACUUAGGAUAGUCAAAAGACAAACUCCACAGGACAUUUUUGAUGAACUCAGUAAUUGCAGAAACUUUGAAAAUGAAUAUUACAUAUUAGUACCGCCACCUUUUGCAUUCUAUAAUUAA